AUGUCUGCUUAUAACCGCCAAGGCACGAGCACGAUGUAUGGAACAGGUCCUCUAGGCCAGAGCACAUGGCCGCCUGUUGUGCUCCGCCUAUUUGAUUAUUUGACCACUGUUCCCGCAGAUCGCGCCAUGCGAGUUCUGGGAUUGUGGCCAGAUAACAUUCCUCUAGAGGAAUUUGCUCGUCUUAUGGUCGCCGCAAUCCCGUCGACGUGGUAUACGAGCACGCACUGGGUGCCAGAAGGGCCCCGACUGGUUUACCAGAAGGGUCUUCUUGUGUGGGACGAAAAUAAGCAAGAGAGGGAAAUUCCAGAGAUCAUUACAUUCCACCACUUUGAGGUGCCUGCGGAUACCGCCGAAACUCCCGGAUCUCGGCCACGAAAGCGCUCCAUCAACAGCUUCAUGGCAUUCAGGACAUUUCCGGGUGCCCGCCAAGCCGCAAAGUCCUUGGCUCUGGCCGAGAUGUGGCCGGACGACCCGCUGAAGCCGCAAUGGUCACUCAUUGCACGGGCUUACACGGUGGUGCGUGACAACUUCAUCUUGCGCGACACGUCUCUUUUUGUCUUCACUCAGCAUGCGGCGAGAAUCAUCGGCAUGCCUGAGUCCGAUAGGUACCUCGAGACAUGCGGUUUCAGCGCGAGACUCUACCAAGAUGGGCGAAUCCAAAUAUUUGAGUCGUUCGGUCCCCAACGUCCCUUGCGGAUCCGUACAACCACGGUCCACGAAAUCGUGGACAGUCUCUUGCGAGUCAGUGGCUACGGAAUGGAACGACUUCCAAACUCGACCUGGCCGUACCGCGGUGGUUCUUGCCAAGGCCAAAUGGCUGUUACCAAGACCAGCCUUGAUUCUCAUAAGGACCAGGAAGGCCAGAAGGACCAGAAGGACCAGAAGUUUGUUGACGAUCCGCUGGCUUACUUGUUCGACGAGUUGCCAUGGGACCUGACGAUGUUUGAUACAAACGAUGUUAUCGACAACAGCCUGGAUCCGAUGCGCCAUCUCGUGACCUGGCCGGCCCAAGAUCUCGAGGCACUCAAGGAGAUGCGACUCCUCCACAAGGACGCCUCGUCCUUUUAUCGCAAGGACGCGUCGGGCUUUUAUCACAAGCUUCGUACGUCGGGGCAAAGCGCAUCUUAG